ACAUUCAUAAAAUAUACAUGCACGUUUACCCUAUAAAAGAGAAGAACAAAAAGAAAAAUUGCAGAGUGUAAGAAGUGUACAGGAAUAACAAAUUUAAGCACACCGAAAUGUUAAGGUCUGUGCCAAGAACCUGUAUGUUCGUAGCUUUCUUCUGCUUCAUGCAUCCUAUGGUCUUCUCUGAGCUACAUUCGAGCCAAGACACUGUUAUGAUCUCAAUUUCUCAGCAACUCAAUGGCACACAAUUGCCAUGGGAUGUCACCAAGGAGCCAAACCCAUGUUUGUGGAAAGGUGUCAGUUGCAGCCCUCCAAACAACAGCUCCAUAAUCUCACUUUCUCUAUCUGGGUUUGGUCUCUCUAGCUCUGACUUUCUGAGUGAGGUGUGCAGGAUUGAUUCUUUGCAGUCUCUGAACCUGUCCAACAAUAAUUUGAAAAGUAUCUCAGAUGGGUUCUUCAAUGGUUGUGGAGGGAUGGAUGGGUUGAAGGUGUUGGAUUUUAGCAGGAACAGGUUGGUUGGUCCUUUGCCUGCUUUUCGAAAUUUUGUUGGACUUGAAUUCUUGGAUUUAUCCUUUAAUAAUUUGACUGGAGGGAUUAAUUCACAGUUGAGUCAGUUGGUUUCACUCAAAUGUUUGAAUCUUAGUGUCAAUGAAUUCAGUGGAAUGGGGACUGAGGGGUUUGUAACAUGGUCAGACAAAUGUGAUGGUCUAUACUGGCAUUUGCUCACUCAUGGGCUUACCGUCAUGAGUGUUAAAGUUCUUGGAAUUGUUUUGAAGUUAACAUUUUCGGGAAUGCAUCAGUUUAGCAUAUCCUCAAACUUGGGUUUUCAUCAUGGUGGUUCUUAACUGUGUGCUUACUCAAAUGAACUAUUUAAAUAAGGUAAUGAUACCUAUGAUUUGAAACUAUGUAUGCUUUUAUUUGUCAAUCUGUUUAUGUUUAAAUUUAAUUGGGCAAGUUGCUUUGUGUGAGAAAGAAUAAAAACAGGAAAUUGGA